AUGUCACGUCGUGGGGCGCCAAAGGGCAAAAAGCCCCCCGGCACAGAGUUCACUUGGGACGCCGACCCUGGCGGCGAGCCCGACACAGCUCCAACGCCGCUGUACCCUAAAUAUACUAUCCCCUUUGCUCGGAAGUUGAGCCCCGCAGAACAAACCCAAGUAGAUUACUAUCGCAAGUUGCGCGAAAGCUUCCACGAGGGCCCGUUUUACUCGGUUCUCGAUGCGUCAUCCUCCAGCGCCAAAAAAGGCAGCGCUGCGCGCGUCAACUUUGACGCUUUCCACGGCAUGCCCACUUAUUCCGGCCGUUAUCAAAAGAAACGGCGUACCCUUCCCAAGAUCACCGGACGCACUUAUUUCUUGAAAUUCUUUCCCCGCGAGCUAUGGCAAACCCUCCAGCCGAACUUCCGACCUGAUGCGUCCCUGGAUGGCUACCAGGCUCAGUCUUCGGCCGCUGGAGUGAAGCGCGGUUUUGAAGACGAAGAAGACGAGGCUGGACCUGCGAAGCGUGUGGCCGGCGGUGAAGACGAUGAGGACGGUGACGCAGAUGCGGAUGAAGGCGCAUUGAUUGAUGGGGAUGAUGAACAGGAAGAAGAAAUUAUGGAUGACGACUUCUCUGAAGAUGAUGAUGAAAUGGGCGGCGAUUACAAUGCCGAACAAUACUUUGACGAUGGAGAAGAUGAUAUGGGUGAUGAAGACGGUGGAGGCGGCGGCGGCGACGAUGACUUCUGA